AUGCCCGCAAUUGGCCGAACGUUCGUGUCCUGCAGGAGCUUUUGGAGCCCGGGCGCAAGCGUGACCGAAGUUGGUAAUGUGAUGUCGGCCAUCGCUUCUGAAUACGAGCGCGCACUACACUUAGAGUCGCGGAUAAAGUGGUUUCGACAGACAUGGGUUGGAUCCGAUGCCUCCUGCGUAUUGGAAAGUAUCCCGUUGACUCGGGCUAUAAGCUCAGACAGUGCGAAGCAGGAUGUGCUGAGCUCCGCCGAAGCAGCGCAGUGUGAGUGUCCGUGGCAGCGCGCGGGGCCCGUGACUGCAGCCAGUGACUGUGGCGACGCGGGUGCCGACGGUGCCGAUGUUGGCACUGGUGCUGACGACGUUUACUCGGGGAGGCACGAGGAGCAUCACAAUCAAGACGAAGCCCAGGGCCUGCAGCCGAGCAGCCGGCUGCCGCGAGCACCCCGGGCGGAGACGCCGAGGUUGCCCGGAGCGAAGAUUGCAGCAGGCAGUCCCCAUCGGCAGAGCAGAGGUCUCAGCGAGCUACGUCACGCUCUUCGACAAGCUCGGAAGAAACCGAUGAUUCGGAGCCAGAGGAGCCGCGGAGGCCGUUGA